AUGAACGAAAGUUUGUGUAACAGACGUUGUCAGUCAUCUGAGCGUCUGAACGGCAGAAGUGCGUGGAUGAUGAGUUCUCAGGGGAUGAUGAGUUGUGAGGUGCCUGCCUACAGAGUGGCCGGCGAUGAAGAGGGGGUGGAUGAAAGCGCUUCGUGCAACUUGAAAUACUUUUUAAGCGAUUCAAGCCUCUAUAACGGUAAUGAAGAUUGCAGAAACCCUCAUUAUUUCAAUAACAACUAUUGUUUGAUCAACGUGAAGGAUGACGGUGCCACCAACGAACCUUCAAACAUCAAACAAUCCACUGCCGGUCCUUCUUCACGACGGCUCCUAUACCAUCAACAACUGAACUGUCCACCACAUCAACUACAGCAACGACUUCAUCAAACCGUUGAUGACUAUCGACUUACCAGUAAACAAAUUUACAGAAACACAAAACAGUUUUCGUCAUCAGACAAUUUGUACAAUUUCAAAAAUUUGAAUUCUUCAACGCUCCACAAACCCUGCAACACCUCCACGAUGAUGUUUCCUGACUAUCACGCCAAUUCUGUUCGACUGAAAGACAGGACUGUGAGAUUCAUGGAUAGAAAACGUUCUGUUGUUGGUGAUCAGGAGAGCCAGGCAGCAAGAGGAUCAGACCUGGUGCAUUGCAGACCUGCUGGCAAUCUAAAUAAUUUUAACAACAUAGCACAGCUCUGUAGUUCUUCAAACCAUCCACCACUUGCUGAACAACAUAUACCAAGACAUCAUUUUGAUGUUCUCAACAAUGUCGACAAUAACAUCAACGACAACAACUACAAUGACGACAACAAUAGAAGUAAUUAUUUUAAUUUUCGAAAUAUGACAGCAGAAACUUCGAAGGCAAUUGAAGCAGUACGAUUCAUAGCUGACCACCUAAGAAGCGAGGACGCGUACGACGAGAUAUUGGACGACUGGCGCUACAUAGCCUCAGUGAUAGAUCGGCUCCAACUCAUCAUCUUCCUCAUCGUCACUAUCGCGGGGACUGCCGCCAUCUUGUUCAAUGCUCCCCACAUUUUUGAAUUUGUGGACCAAGAAGAAAUAAGGAAAAGAAUCAUGGACAGUAGUGAUGGAACGCUUGAGUGA